AUGGCAUACCUCACCGGCGCGGCGGGCGCCUUCAUUCCACAGCCCCAUGCCGCCGCCGAGCCCUUCUACAGCCAGGCUGUCUUCCGCACAUUCGACGAUGACCCCUCCAAGAGCGCGACGCCAACAGCCACUGCCUUCAACCCACCUCCGCCUGCGCCUGUGCCUGCGCCUGCACCUGCACCUGCGCCUGCACUCGCGACUCACGGCAGCCAGUCCUCCACACCCCCAUGGCCCCGUCCCAAUGUCGGCCGCAUGUCUCCCAUCAACCCUUCCGAGGUCGAGAUGGCCGAGGGGCUCAUCCAGAUGAGAUCAGGCCUCGUGCCCAUGACUGUAACUCCUCCAGCACACUAUGCUCUUACGCCCGCGCCCGCGCCUGCGCAUCCACAUGAGACACCAAUUGUCAAUGGCCACAAGCCCCUCCUCCCGACAGGCCAAGAAGCGCAUCUGCCCGCAGGUCCGUUGUCGUCAUCAGCUGCAGUACCAGCAUCAGUACCAGGCCCAGGCCCAGCACCAGCGCCUGCUGACCACCAAACCGUGUCAACGUCCUCAGAUGAGCCUGCUGGCCAGCACUCUGAUGACUUCUCCCUCGGCGAUAAUAGUGAUACCACCAUCACCGACCCCCAAGUAGACCGCCCCGAGGAAUUCCUCGCUGUCCCACCACAGGCCGGCCCUGCCUCCAUCCCAGGCCCCGCGCCUUCUCAUGAGAGGCUAUCGACAGCCCCGCCGCAGCCAGCAGUCACGAACGGAUCAGAUCCACAUCGCUUCGAUGACGUCCCAAGGGAAGGGACGACUCUGGCCCCUCCAAUGUUACAACCACCUCCUCCGCCCUCACUAGCACCCAGGUCGCGCACGCAGUCACCAAGAAGCCGCCCGUAUGACCCAUCAGCACCCAUUUCACCAGCGCCAGAACCAACUGUGCAUGGCGAGCGCUGUUGUUGUCGCGCCGUGCCCCAAUCAUUCUUGUCGACGCUAGACGAUGGGAAGCCUACUAACAUCGAGGCCCUGGCGAAGCUGUAUGGUGCGUGCCGGAACGAUUUGUGUCCUUGGCAUCUGAAUCUAUAUGCCCAGCUUAUCACCAGUGCCCUUGAGGCAGCACAUUCAGCAGCCCCUGCGCCUGUCACCCCCCAGCCGACAGCUGAUAGGACGCUGCAGAUGGACCAGCCCACCUUCAGCUUUGAGGAGACGGGCACAGGCACGAGGUGGACAGCUGUCCCUCGGAGGAGACGCGCAACUUCCAUCCCAGGGAUUGAGGAGAUUGAACUUGACUUGCCGCCCAAAAGGCGACGGCUGAGUCUAGAGCAGCAGCCUAUAUCAAAGAUCGAGGCACAGUCGCCUUCGGAAUAUCCAGAGUACUGGCACAGACCACAGCAAUCAUCCAGUGGCUGCCGGCCUCUACCCGAUAGGGCGUAUAACGAAGAGUUCCGCCGCAGGGUUCUCGUCGAGUUAGCGCGCGAAUUUACCGACCUUAAGGAGGAUGACUGGUCUCGUGGUGAAACGACAAACAGAUAUAUUCACGCCAUACUUUCAAAGUGCGAGCAUCCAAACACGGACGUCAGAAAGGGCCCUAUUGAUGUCGGCUUUCUGAAUGCCCAAGAGGCUUCUACGAUAUUAGAGAAAGGUACAGAACGCUUGCCAAUCAUCACUACAGAGCAACAACAGUUCAAAUGGACUGGCAGCGAACGUCCGAUAGCACAACUCUUCAGACGCAUGGAAGAUUUAAGCAGACAGGUCUCCGUGCAAAUACCGUCUCACAACUUUGACCUGCCAUCGUAUGAGACGAAAAGCCUCAGCGCGAUCCGGGAGCGCUUCCUCAGGGGCCAGGUCUCACGAGACCCGUGGAACAUACUCGACCUGAGGAGUCCUCUACCGCCCUCGAUACUGCCAUCUUUUCUGACAGGCGAGAAUUGCCAGCUGCUUCCGCGGAUCCGAGAUGCCUUGUUGGAGGGCCACUGUGCCGAGAGGAUCAAAGCGACCAGAGAGGAGUGGAACGAGUGGACGGAGCUGCUUGAGUGGGUGCUCAUGUCUGAAGGUGGCCACAACACAGCCCCGCAUAUGGACAGUCAUGGCUGGUCGACUUGGAUCACGAUUCAAGAGGGCAACUUUGGGUUUGGGUGGCUUGCGCGGCCAACCGAUGAAGAACAAGAAGAAUGGAUGAAUGAUCCAUUAAACUACACGGGAGGCAACUGGAGGUUCGUCAUCCUCAAGCCGGGCCAGACAGUCUUCUUCCCAUCCGGAACUGUACAUUUUGUGUUCAGGCUACAGGCUGAACAAACCCUUGCGCUGGGCGGGCACCUCUUGCAAUGGACCGCGCUGGAGCGCUGGGUCCAGAUCAUCCUCUGGCAGCUCAAGAACCCAAAUAUCACCAAUGAGGACCUCGGGACGGCGCCGCUAAAGUACAUCCGCAGUGCGAGGAAGCUGGUAGAGCACCGCAUGGCUAACUGGCGUGUCACGACCAUGGGCGGCAUGUCCGCGGUCACUCGGUUCAUGGCCCUUGCAACUGAGGUAGAGAGGUGGUACAGCCAGAAGAAGAAAAAGAAGCGGGCCAGGUGA